GCUUCUGAGGAUAAAGGGAAAAUAAAACAAUUAUAUAAGCUCUGAAAUGGCAGACAAGGACAGCGUGGAGAAAUACCUGGAUAACAACCCGCAGUUCGCCAAAGAAUAUUUCGACAAGAAACUCCGCGCCGAUGCCCUGACGGCCGCCUUUUCUGCGCCCGUGGACGUCAAAGACACCGCAUCGUUCAAGGAUGUUAACUCGGUGCAGGAGGCCGCCAUCAUCUUCGAGCUGGUUCGGGAGCUGCAGAAGUCCGGGGACAUGGAGAAGUCCAUGCACAAGGUGCUGCAGAGGCUGGUCAUGCUGCUCCAAGCUGACCGGGUCAGCUUUUACAUGUGCCGUGCCAGAAACGGAACACCCGAGCUGGCCACUUCCCUCUUUGACGUGACGACGACUUCCACCUACGAAAUGAACCUGGUCAACCCUCAGCAGGAGAUCGUCUUCCCUCUCGACAUGGGCGUCAUUGGCCACACAGCGCAAUUCAAAAAGCCCCAGAAUGUUCCCGAUGUCACCAAGAAUCCAAAGUUCUGUGACUUUGUGGACAAACAGACAGGAUAUAAGACCAAAUGUAUGCUUACAUUCCCCGUAAUGGCUGAGAAAGAAUGCCUGGGAGUUGUCACAGCACUGAAUAAACAAGGAGCUGACAGUUUCUCAGCGGAGGAUGAGGCUCUUUUCCACAAGUACAUGAACUUUGCUCAAGUCAUCGCCCUGCAGCAUUACACAGCUUACAUGUACAACGUGGAGUCCAGGAGGAGUCAGGUGCUGCUGUGGUCGGCCAGUAAAGUGUUUGAGGAGUUGACGGAUAUUGAGAGACAGUUCCACAAAGCCCUCUACACUGUUAGGACCUAUCUACAAUGUGAAAGAUACUCAGUGGGCCUCUUAGACAUGACCAAAGAAAAGGAAUUCUAUGAUGAAUGGCCAGUAAAACUGGGAGACGUGGAACCAUAUAAAGGUCCUAAAACACCAGAUGGCAGGGAAGUCAACUUUUACAAAAUCAUUGACUACCUCCUGGAGAGCAAAGAAGAAAUCAAAGUCAUACCGGCUCCGCCUGCAGAUCACUGGGCUCUAGUCAGUGGGCUGCCCACCUAUGUCGCAGAGAAUGGCUUUAUUUGCAACAUGAUGAAUGUGGCAGCAGAUGACUUCUUCAUGUUCCAGAAAACCGCUGUGGAUGAGACGGGGUUCAUCAUCAAGAACGUCUUGUCGCUGCCGAUUGUCAACAAGAAGGAAGAAAUUGUGGGCAUUGCCACUUUCUUUAACAGGAAAGACGGAAAACCCUUCGAUGAACAUGACGAACAGAUCACUGAGGCCCUGACGCAGUUCCUCGGCUGGUCUGUGCUCAACUGCGACACCUACGACAAGCUGAACCGUAUGGAGUACAGGAAAGAUAUUGCGCAAGAGAUGCUGAUGUACCAAACCAAAUGCACAAAGGAUGAGCUGCAGUCCAUUCUGAACACCAAAGAAAAGUUCGAUGCAGAGCCAGAAGACUGUGACCAGAAAGAGAUGUAUAAACUCUUGCGAACAACCUGCCCGCCGGCGAACAACGUAAACGGUGAAGAUAUAUACAAGUUCUCCUUCAGUGACUUCCCAGUUACGGAGCACGACCUCAUCAAAACUGGCAUUCGUAUUUUCUUUGAACUUGGAGUGGUGGAAAAGUUUAAGGUUCCCGCAGAGACGUUGACAAGGUGGAUGUACACAGUGAGGAAGGGUUACCGUGAUAUCACCUACCACAACUGGAGGCAUGGCUUCAACGUAGGCCACACCAUGUUCUGUCUGCUCCAGGUAAAACUCGUAACAACAUCCACCAGUGACCUCGAUGCCUUUGCCAUGGUAGCUGCUGCUUUCUGCCAUGAUAUUGACCACAGAGGAACCAACAAUCUCUACCAGACCAAGAGUGCACAUCCACUCGCAAAACUUCACGGCACUUCUAUUAUGGAGAGGCACCAUUUGGAGUACAGCAAGACAUUGAUGGCAGAGGAGAGCCUGAAUAUCUUCUGCAACCUUCAGAAGCGUCAGUUUGAGACCGUACAGCACUUGUUUGACGUCUGCAUCAUCGCCACUGAUCUGGCUCUGUACUUCAAAAAGAGAACCAUGUUCCAAAACAUUGUGAACGCAACAGAGCCAAUGACAGACGAAAAGGAGGCCACCGCCUACGUCUCCAACAAUCCAGUCAGGAAAGAAAUCGUCAUGGCCAUGAUGAUGACAGGCUGUGAUUUGUCAGCCAUCACUAAACCCUGGGAGGUGCAGAGCAAGGUGGCUUUGAUGGUUGCUGCUGAAUUCUGGGAACAGGGAGAUUUGGAAAGAAAUGUUUUGGACCAACAGCCGAUUCCUAUGAUGGACAGAAACUGUGCGGAACAGCUACCCAAGAUGCAGUGCGGUUUCAUCGACUUUGUCUGCUCAUUUGUAUACAAGGAGUUUUCCAGGUUCCACAAAGAGAUCCAGCCCAUGUUUGAUGGUCUGAACAACAACAGGUCACACUGGAAUGAGCUGGCGCAGGUGUACGAUGCCAAGAUGAAAGCUAUUGAGGAUGAGAAGAAAAAACUGGAAGACGGCGAAACCAAAAAAGAUGCAGGAAAGUCUAAGACCUGCAGCAUCUGCUAAGUCCCUCUACAAUGUUUGGAUCACUUGUGUAGUCUGUUGAGGACUGGUUUAGGCCCCACAGGCCUGUACUCAUUUUUGUCGGAUUUAUUCCUAAUCUAGCU